AAAGUACCGAGAGACUUGGUGUCUGGGCAGCUUGGCGCACGCUACCAGGUACAGAUGCUCCAGCAGGUACCCGCACCUCCCACCAGCCGCUAAAACCAGAGCCCUGCAGUCCUCCACUAGCAGGCAAUUGAACCCCAGGCGAAAAAAAAUUCAACCUGGAGGCAUUGCAGCAGCAGCAGCAACGAUAGCGCGAUAAGCCCGAUUAACGGACACACCAGCCCAGAAAGAAAAAAAGUACCACGGAGCAAGUGCCGUAUCUGGGGCCAUUGUAUCACCUCCUCCUCUUUUUCUUUCUUAUCUUUGUCCUACUCUUUUGCCUCUCUUCUUCCCUUCUUCUUCCUUUCAUCAUCAUCUCCCUUCGGCGCAACCGCAUGAGGCUCCCGUGAGCCAAUUCGUCUCUCCCUCUCGCCACUGCGAUUGACCUCAAACCCACCUCAGGCAAAGAAAGGUGUUUCGGAUGGCCGUUCAGUCCCUCCCAGCUGUCAUCGACAUCGACGAAGUGCUCCCGGGCACGCGAUGCGUCUUCAUCGAUGAGUCCGCCAGCAGCAACUCUGCCAAUGGCCUGCUGCAGAAGCACGACGGCAUUGUGCUCGUCCCCCAGCCAACCCAGUCGCCCAACGAUCCCCUCAACUGGAGCCUGUGGCGCAAGAUCUGGCACACUGCUCUCGUGUGUUUUGCUGUUGCCUUGACUGCUGCCACGUCCAACGUUGCUGGAUCUGCUAGCACGGGCGUCAACGAAGAGUACGGCAUUAGUUAUGAUGUCUUCAACACUGGUGCUGGCGUUCUCUUCCUUGCUAUUGGCUACUGGACCUUGCUCAGCUCGCCCGCUGUCCAUCUGUACGGACGACGAAUCCUGUACCUCGUCGGCGCGACCUGGGGCCUGAUUGGCAACAUCUGGUUUGGACGACUCAAGACCUCGUCCGACGCCAUCUGGACGCAGCUCUUUGUCGGAGCGUCCGAGUCAGUCGCAGAGGCCGUGGUGCAGCUCUCCCUGCUCGACAUUUGGUUCGAGCACCAGAACGGCACCUCGAUGGGUUUGUACACCUUGGCCACCUCCGUGGGAACGUACCUUGGCCCGUUGGUCGGUGGCUACGUCGCCGACAGUAAUCUUGGAUGGCGCUGGAUUGGCUACCUCGGCGCCAUCAUGUCGGGCUUCAACUUUGUCCUCUUCUACUUUGGUCUGGAAGAGACGGCCUUCCCACGUGAGCGCUACCAGCGAGAUCGACUCGAGAAUCGCGCUGCCGCAUCCUCCUCCCCAGACGGCGACGAGAAGAUGGCCAGCGGUACCCCAACUGUAGCUGAUGUCAACACGGGUGCAUCAGACGAAGAGGCCGCGGUCACUCCCCGCGACGUCGACGAAUUCUCCCUCAACUACACGCGCCCCAAGUCUUACUGGCAGCGAAUUGCCCUCAUCACCCCCGCCCCGAACCUGCGCGGCGUGGGAGCCAGACAGUAUGUCGGCCGUCUGUGGCACACGCUACGCAUAUUUACCUUUCCCGCUGUCUGGUUCGCCGGCCUGCAGUGGGGCAUGCAAAACAUUGCCCUGUCCUUUUAUCUCACCAUUGAGGAGGACUACUGGACAGACGAUCCCUGGGACUAUGGCGAUGUCGCCGUGAGCAACAUGAACAUUCCGUGUCUCAUUGGCAGCAUCAUUGGCUGUUUCUACGGUGGCUACCUGAGUGACCUGUUUGUUCUCUGGGCCAGCCGACGCAACAGGGGUAUCCAAGAGGCCGAAUACCGCUUGUACCUCAUGUUUCUCUGUGUCAUCAUCUUCCCCACCGGCAUGUGGCUCUUUGGCAUCGGAUCGGCCAAGGGUUGGAGCUGGCCCGUUCCCUACGUCGGCCUCGGCUUCAUUGGCUUUGGCUACGGCUGUGCCGGCGAUCUUAGUCUGACCUACCUUGCCGACUGCUAUCCGGAUAUGGUCCUCGAGGGCAUGGUGGGAGUGGCCGUCAUCAACAACACGCUGGCCAUGAUUUUCACCUUUGUGGCGAGCUACUGGCUCGACACGGGCGUUCAGGAUACCUUUAUUGAGCUUGGCGUCUUGGGGUUCGUCAUUUUGAUGUUGUCUCUGCCCAUGAUUAUCUGGGGGAAGCGCGCGCGGCGCUGGACCAAGCAGAGAUAUCUCAACUUUUUGGAGAUUCGCGACGGGAUGGGGCACUGAAUGAAAAUUUGGAGAAAACGCUUUGUUGUUGGGAGUGUGGUUUGAGGGAGGGAGAUGUGGAUGGGAGAGAGGAAGAAAAGAGGAGGAUGGUGGGAUUAUACCCCUGGUUUUUUUUUUUUGGAGGAGCUUGGCUUGUUUG